CGACGAGGGCUCACCGCUACAGACGACAAUCACCAUCAUCAUCACCAUCACCAUCAACCCCCCUCCGUGGUAUUAGGCUGAUACGCCAUCGACCGAAGAGGUCAUUGGCUCACCCUCGCCAUCAUGGCCGCAUCGUCGUCGUCGUCGUCCUCGGCGACAAAGCGGUCUGCCUCGUCUUCCACGUCGAGCGUGCCCACCCUCUCGCGCUUGAACAUCAUCGCCGACGCCUUUGGUCAAGACGACGAGGACGCAUGGGCAUUGGACUCGGAUGAUGAAGACUUUGCUAAGCAAAGAUCACAACAACAACAGCAGCAGCAGCAAGGCCGCAGCGCUACCGGGUCUACCAGCUCAUUGCGCUCACCUUCCUUGGUCGCCUAUCCACGAGGACCGACAGUGGAAAGGAGCUUCAGCUCGGGAAGCGUCACCUCCAAUAGCAGUAGUAGCAGCAGCACAUCUGCCGCAAGGAAACAUGCACCACCAGCACGACCUCAUCCCUUUCCCUUGCCAACCUCCUCCUCUUCCUCAACUUCCAAGACGACGCCUUACAGAGCCUCGUCCCUCUCUCAGUCUCAGGUCCCUCUCUCCGAUAGAGGCAGGGAUGAUUUGAGGACAGACCAAUCAUCCAAUGGACGCUCCUCAUCUAGCUGGACCAUGGUCAGCGACAUGAGCACAGCAGCAGCAGCUUCCACUCAACUAUACGAUCCUAGCCCUUCAGCCACACCUCGCAAUCGCAGUCGCUCCCCAACAAUACCAAAGACAGUAUCGCGCGCAGCGGCAGCGAGCGGAACGGCCUCCUUGGCCGGCUCACCACCCGCAGAGCUGGGAUCCACUGCCGCUGAAGCCGUACUGCAAGCUUGCAUGCGGGAUCAAGGGGGGUCAGCACGGGGCAAGGGGACACUUUCGCCGCCCCUGGCAUCACCGACUUACGAUUCCACCUCACCUACCGACAUGGCCCGUUCCUCAUCGAUCACCUCCGUUGGCUUGGAAAAGAAGCGGGAUAGGGAGGCUGGCAAUUUCACCUCUUCCAUCAGAGACGAGGUGAUGGACAUUGUCAGGGAUCCAUUCGUUGCCCUGGAAUGCUUGACAAGGGCUGCUGCUGCUGCCUCGAGCUCCGAUAGCGCCUUUACUGCCAGUCCUACUCCCACGACGGCAAUCCAGCGUCAACAAGAGCAUACACGCAACCUGGGAAUGCACAGGGGAUUCAAUGAUCUUGGUGGCCCAGGCACGCCCGGCAGCGCCUCUGCCUCUUCUUCCCCACAACAGCUACCGCGCUCAGCAUCUGCAUCGUCGACGAAUUGGAAGGCAGGCAGUCGUGGUAGAGGGUUUGCGCCCUGGAGCGCAAAGAGGCAAGACAGUUUUGACCCUUUGUCCAUUGCCGGUGAGGGAGUGACCAUGAGCGGACGUGGCUGGGCCAGGAAUAGCAGUACGACCAGCCUCGACAAGGGCAAAGGAGCUGCUGGUGAUACUGGUGAUAAAGGCUCGGGUGCAGAAGGAGACGGCGAGACUACCCCGGGCGGUGGACAAUACCUCCCCCUGCCCUCGGACGCAGAAGGUGGGCACACCUUGCGGAGGGAAAAGUCUGUGAGGACUAAACGGCGGUGGAGGGAAUUCUUCCGAUGUCUGGAGGGAGGGUCCUCGGCAGCAGUAGCCAGUAGUGCCUCGACGGUUGACCUCACGAAGUUGAGGGAAUUGAGCUGGAACGGCAUUCCCUCUGCUCUGCGGCCCAUCGUCUGGCCUCUCUUGCUCGGCUAUCUCCCACCGAACUCGUCGAUGCGUACAGCGACGCUAGCUCGCAAGAGGAACGACUAUCGUAAAGCGGCCCAAUUGGCUUUUGGAUCAGACUGUUUCGACGAAGGCGAGAACAGCAGUAGCAGCAGCACCAACAAGACAGGCUCUCCGAUUCCACUGGCGGCACAUCGCAAGAAUACCGAAGAGGAGAAGAUCUGGCAUCAGAUCUCCAUUGACGUCCCGCGUACGAACCCCUCUCUACCACUAUGGCAGCGUGCCUCUACACAGCGGUCCCUCGAGCGUCUCUUGUAUAUCUGGGCCAUCCGCCACCACGCGACCGGCUACGUGCAAGGGAUGUCGGACCUUGCCACUCCCUUUUUCCAAGUCUUUCUAAGCAUCUACCUCCAAGUCUCCCCGGACGACGAGGAAGAAGCCAGCGCAAUCGAAGGUGAAACUCGUCGAAUUGAAGACGUAGUUGAAGAGUACGACCCUGUGCAUCUGCCCGCUGAAGUCCUCGUGGCAAUCGAGGCAGACACCUACUGGUGUCUUGGUAAACUCCUCGAAGGGAUUCAAGAAAACUACAUUUUCGCUCAGCCUGGAAUCGUACGUCAAGUACGUCGCAUGGAAGAGCUCGUUGGUCGAAUUGACGCUCCCUUACAUGCCCAUCUCAAGGCUCAAGGGGUAGAAUACAUGCAAUUCGCCUUUCGAUGGAUGAACUGCUUACUCAUGCGCGAAGUGAGCGUUCAAAACGUUACACGCUUGUGGGAUACCUAUCUGGCUGAAGGGCCAGAUGCAUUCAGUGAUUUCCACCUCUACGUCUGUUCCGUCUUUCUCUGCAAGUGGAGUGUGGAAUUGAGGGGAAUGGACUUUGCGGGAUGUAUCAUGUUCUUGCAGGCAUUGCCUACGAGGGGAUGGGGAGAUAAAGAUGCGGAGCUACUGUUGAGUGAGGCAUUUGUUUUUAAGAAUCUCUUUGGACAGACGAGACAUUUGGGGGAUUAAGAGAGGGGGAUUGAGAGAGGGGGUGGAGAGAGGGAAGGAGGGGACCAAUUCAUCCAUUCAACCAGCAAAGGCAAUAUCAUCCGAUCCUCCGAUCCUCAUCCGUACAAAAGCAUUGAGAAGCAUCACUCCGGCAGGCAGGCAGGCAGGCAGGCGAGCGAACCAGGCAGGCGAGCAGUGGAAAAAAGCAAAAGCAAUAACAUGAGACAUAAUACUUGAAGAGUGAAACAAAAACAUGACAAGGGACGAGAGGAGAAGAACGAGAAAGGUACUGAGGGAAGGAAGGAGGGAGAUAAGUAGGUGAGA